AAUUAAUACUUGUCUUUUUCUUUCUUUCCUUCCUUUCGCUUCUCUUCUUCUGCAAGGAACGGACGCGGACAAGUCGCCGAAGAAGCUAGGGUUUUCGCCAUGAACGACGUCCAAUACGGAUCCGAGUGGAUUACGGCUCCGAGAUUCGAAGAUUAGGGCUUCCAAACGCUAGGUUCUACGCAAUUCGUUUGCCUGUGGUUUAGGGAUUUGGAGAUUCUAGGCUGGUUGUCUUUCUUUGCUGGGAGUCGCUCAAUAAAGGUGGAAUACGCCCCGGAUCAGAAGUGGGCUAGCGCGGAAGCGUCCGAGGUGAAUCUUUUUGAUCCUAGGGUUUGUGGAUUGGAGGGAUUUUGAGGUCUCGGGCUUUCAAUCUCUGGGGCAUUGGUUGGAAACGGCGAUUUUGAUUUCAGAAGCUAAGGUUUUCGGAUAAUGUGUAUACUCUGUGUGGUCCAGAGGUGGUCGCGGCAGGUGGCCACCAUGCUGCCGCGGUUGGUGCUCCUUCUCAUCUUCUUCUGGGCGCUGUCGCAGUUCUUCCCUCCGGGCCUCCGGUUCGAGAUCACCUCGCCGCGGCUGGCCUGCGUGGUGGUUCUCCUCCUCACCCUGUUCUGGUAUGAGAUCCUGAUGCCGAAGCUGUCGGUGUGGCGGGCCCGCCGGUCGGCGCGCCUCCGGGAGCGGCAGCGUACCAGGGCCAUCGAGCUGCAGAAGCUCCGGAAGACGGCCACACGCCGCUGCCGGAACUGCCUCACCCCAUAUCGCCACCAGAACCCUGGCGGAGGCCGGUUCAUGUGCUCGUAUUGCGGACAUAUCUCUAAAAGGCCCGUGCUGGACCUUCCGGGUUCUGUUGUUGGGAGUUCGGGGAUCAUCGGCGACCUUGUCAGAAAGAAUGGUUGGAUCUGCAGCCAAGAUUGGUCAGCGGACGGGAAUGGGAGCUGGGUCAGCCCUGUCCCACGGUAUUGGGUUGGUGGCGGUGAUGACCAGUGCUUGACAGAGAAGUCUUAUUCAGGCGUGGUGGCUUUUGCCUGCAAGUUGCUUACGUGUUUUUUCUCUAGCGUGAGAUGGCUUUGCAGGAAGGUUUUCAGGUUUCCUUAUUCAAGGGAGGAGAGCUCUUCAGAUGCAGAUCACAAGGGAUCAUCAUCUAUCAGAGGGGAGAAUGAAGGAAAUUUGCAGGAGAGCAGGGGCGAGAAAGCUAGAAGGAAAGCAGAAGAGAAGAGACAGGCUAGGUUGGAAAGGGAAAUGCUGGAAGAGGAAGAGAGGAAACAGAGGGAGGAGGUUGCGAGGUUAGUGGAGGAAAGGAGGAAAUUACGUGGCGAGAAGCUGGAAGCUGAGAGAAAGCGGACAAAGGGUUCGACUCUUGAUCGUGAAAGAGACAAUAGGAAAGAAGCAGAGAAAAAGAGGCAUGAGAGGAGGAGGGAGAAAGAUAAAGGUUCUAGCAAAAGCAAUUCUGAUGGUGAAGACCUUGAGAAAAGGGCGAGUAGGGAAAGCGAAAGGAAGCAUGAGUUUGACAGAAAGAGUGAGAUUGAAAAACAGGAGGCACUGAAAUCUACAGCAGAGAACUACAAAUCACAUACUAAAGAACCUGGGCAUGGAAGCAAGGUGACAACAAAUAAGCCAAGAUACUUUGGUCGCAUGACGAGCUCUUUCCUAUCUUCUUCUAGAGGUUUCGGUCGUCCCUCUUUUUUUGGGAGAAAUGCUCAGAGCAUUGCUGCUCCAGUUAACAAAGCAAGUAGGGCUGCCAUUAGCUUUGUUGAUCAUGGUUCUGGAAUUAAAAGAGAUGUUCAUUCUGCUGGGCAUGUAACAGUGAAAUCUGCUGCUAAUGGAGAUGGAACUUCUUUGACCAACAUUCAUCGGCCUGUAAGUUCAGACGUGCAGCCACAUAGUACUGCCCCAAAGAAAUCCUGGCAUCAACUAUUUGCUUGUUCAGAAGCUGUUUCUCCUUAUCCUGAUGUGAAUACCUCUAGCUGUCUGAGUCAGAAUGGCCAACUAGAAGCUCAAAGUGCAAAAUCACCUGAUCAAAAAAUGUUUCCUAAUUGUUCAGUUGAUAACCAAAUCAAUUUUGGACGAUCAUUGCCUCUCAGCACCUAUCCUUCAGUGAGCGUAUCAUUUUCGAGCAAUCCAGUUCCUCCUUUGGUAUCUGAAUCCAUGUUUCCUCCUCUCAAAGACCCAGCACCAAAUACAGCACUAGAAGAAGCAGAGCUAUUUGAAGAUCCAUGCUAUGUUCCGGACCCUAUCUCCUUGCUUGGGCCAGUAUCUGAGUCACUUGAUAAUCUUCCAUUGGACCUGGGUUCUGGGUUUGUUUCUACUGAUAAGGUGGAGGUACCUCAUGUUUUAAAGAACGUGUCUGCCCCUGGAGACGUUAACAAGCUUUCACCCAUUGAGUCUCCCAUGUCCAGACUGCGAGUUUCUGAGGAAAAAUAUACUGCAUCAAGCCAAUUAUCUGGUACUGCAAAAUCACAGGAAUCACAUGCUUCAAAUUUGGAUGAGUCAAGUAAUGCACAAGGAACAUGGCAAAUGUGGGGCGCUCCACUGGCUCAUGAUGCAUUGGGAUUGGUUGGUAGGCAUCCUAGCUGGUUUUCACCCGUAGGACCGAACAAACUUAAGCAAGAAGAUAUCAUGCAUCCUUUGACGCACAACCCUGUGAUAUCACAAAGUCCAAAUGAGAAUUAUGUUCUUCCUGGCAUUCAAUCUCUGCAGCAUGUUUGUGUUGGUGAUCAGCAGAAUGGUGGAACAUACAGUCCUCUUGGUCCUAGUGUGAAUGGGAAUGAUAUGUGGGUGCAGAAAACACCCUUCCAACCAUUACCUGUUGAUGGAGAGAGCCAUUUUCUUCCUCUUAAUCUCAUAGAUAAUAUUGCGAGGAAUGAUGCGACAUACGACAGUUCAAAUGGAUCAACAGGGAGCCAUCCUUUUGAGCUACCCCCACCUAAUUGUUGGUCUAAGAAGGAGUGGACACUCAAUGGCCCUCGGGAAGCUGGAAACUUAACCCCGGCAAGCCCACAUAUUGGAGGCCUGUUUUCUACUAGUCCAGAUGUACAGUCAGUCUGGUCGUUCAAUCAAAAAGAGACUAUAUAAACACCACAGAAUCAAUGUCACCAAUAUUAGUUGCACUGUAUCCUUCUUAAUGCGAAUGAUAUGAUCAUUUCAUUAGCAUGAAUACCUGGCAUGCAUGCAUUCAUGCAUUCCUGCAGGGAAAGGUCAAUUUAUAUCUAUCUAAAUCCGAGAUUUUAAAAAUCAGUCCCAGAGGGUGUGCCAGUUUUGUGUACCAGUUUUUUUUAUUAACCAGCACGAUACUGGGUAUGGUACAUGAUGCAGGACUGCUUCCUGUAUUAAUAUACUGAGUGCUUGUGCUGGUUUUCUACUGGAACCGUGUGCCCCUGCACGCUCUGGUUGUUUUUA